AUGUUCGCCAAGAACCUCGUUGUCGCGCUGGCGCUUGCCAGCUUCACGUCGGCCAUUCCCCUCGACGCUCGGGAUGACGACUGCCAGGCAACCUACAGCACCUGCAUCUCCGACGGCACCCCCGAGGUUGUGUGCUCGUGCGCCCUGACGGCCUGUGUGGGUGAAGACAACGCCCGCAACCGCGAGUACUGCGCCAGCGCCAUCGCGUCCCUUGAUCCGACGCCGACCUCCAUCCCCGGCGGCUGCAACCCGGCUCACCCUGGAUCCUGCCCUGAGACCACGUCCACCGGUAUUCCGGGUGGCUGCAACCCUGCUCAUCCCGGCUCAUGCCCAGAAACGACGACCGGUAUUCCGGGUGGCUGCAACCCGGCGCACCCGGGCUCCUGCCCCGAGCCCACGUCGACCGGGAUCCCGGGCGGCUGCAACCCCGCCCACCCCGGAUCUUGCCCGGAGACAACAACCGGUAUUCCAGGCGGUUGCAACCCUGCUCACCCUGGGUCUUGCCCCGAGCCCUCGUCGACUGGCAUUCCCGGCGGUUGCAACCCUGCCCACCCGGGCUCCUGCCCUGAGCCUACCUCGACAGGAAUCCCCGGAGGCUGCAACCCUGCUCAUCCCGGCUCGUGCCCUGAGCCCACCACAUCUACUGGCAUCCCCGGGGGCUGCAACCCGGCGCACCCCGGUUCCUGCCCUACGCAAACAACCGUCACCCAGCAGCCGGCGGCCAACACCACGGUGCCGGUGCCUCCCAUCGGUACCAACGGCGCCGGGCGCAACGCGGUGGGCCUUGUGGCCGUUGCCGGCCUUUUCGCUGUCGUUCUCUAG